AGUCUAUGAGAAACCGCCGUCGAGUGAAGGUGUGUCGUUACGGUAUUGCGAAAAUCGUAUAUUUUUUCUUCAGUGUUAUGCAUUAGAACGCGCGGAAGGGUGAAAAAGCAUUCAGAAAAAAACCGCUUGCAUUAGUUCCCUCUCUGUCUGUGUUCUUCUUUCGUUUCGUUGGUCACCUUCUUCCGUCGUCGGUGGCGACGAGUGGUGGGUGAACUGAGUGGCAAGACGUCGUGAAAAACAUCGCUCACCAUCAUCCACAAGAGAGGGAGGUGAAAACUUGGAUCAUCUGCCAAGUUUUUUGUAAGCAGUGCGGGAUUGAGUAGUUAAACAACCGCGACAGCCAAACAGUGAAAAUACAAAACUACCCAGUGGUAUUUCAUUUGAGUCAAGUGAAGUGGAAUAAAAAACGGAUACAUACCGUGAAGCCUAAAGUUAAAAAAUAUCUAUGUAAAAGAAGAAACCGUAUCAAGAGCUGAAUUUUUAGUCGACUGGAACGAGAUAAGCAACAAAGUUCGCAAUAAGUAACGCGUUCUUCUGAUUGCUUCCGCACGAGUGCAAUUGCAGUGACAACAUAGGAUAACAUUUAUGGAUUAUCACUGAUCGACUGCUGCUUCUCUUGGAUUUGACCGGCGUUAUCGUUAAACACGCGACGAUGGAUAUAAAGGUCGUCGGUGGAGCAUGUGCUUAUCGUGGAAAUUACACGUUCUACAAGGGCGUCAAAAUCACAUUUCCCAGCCGGGACUCUCUGUCGGCAGUUGCAUCCACCGCUCCGACGGGUGCGACAAGCGUGUCCGUGUCCUGUCCAUCGACAUCCUCGUUAUCAACCGAGUCGCAACCAUCAUCCACAGCAGCAACCCCGUUGUCCACAGCGACGGGGACGGUUCCAUCGGUGACCGUACCUUCCGGUCAGAGUCACAAAACCGCCAGUCAAAGUAGCAAUAGUUCCGACAGUAGCAGCAGCAGUAGCAACAACAAUAAUAACAGCAAAACGCAAACCAACGCAAACGCAAAGCCAAAACAGACGCAACGAAAAUGUGUCAGUGAAAAUAACAGCACCGCGACCGGUGUGAAUAAUUUAUGUAAUGCCACGCCAGCGGAAAAAGAAAAUCCAAAGCCGAUGGUGCUGGCUCUGGGCGAUUGCUUCCCCGUGCGACCAUGGUCGGACUCACCAAUAGCGUGCCUCGCCGAGCUGCGGAUGGUCUGGAAGGAUCGAAACGAGCAAUGCCUUUUGAUUGCCCUUCGGUUAUAUUUCCUGCCUGAAAACACGCCGUCCGGCCGAAACUGUCAUGGAGAGGACGAAGUGCUGGCCAUUUCCGAUAAAGUCAUUCUGCGAGCGGACGAUCUGCUAACGUGGGUAACACCCGAGUUGGAGUGGAACUGGGGCCUUCGGACGACGUACAACAAACAUAGUGCAAAGGACGCGAUGAACACGACUCGUUUUCUCAGUAAGCAUGCAUCGCUGGACUUUGGAGAAAUAGACAAGGAAAAGCAUGCCGUCGAGAAUAUUGCGUCCAAAAUUGCGGUGGUCAGCUUUUCGCGCUACUGUCGCUACCGAGCGGUCCUGAAGCGUCUGGAGGGAGUGAACGACGAUUGGCUGCGGAAUACACUGGUGGAGACGCUCAGUGGAUUUGUGGCCACAACUCCCAACCUGAAGAUCAUGUUUUGCAAGGACACGUUUGACUAUCCCGAACUGGAAACCCACGAGCUGCUGUGCAACCAUUUGGCGCCAAAGCUGAAAGGCAGACCGCGAGGCAAGCGGAAGAAAACCCUUUCAGAUUCGUCGUCCGUUGUAGUCAAGAAGGAGGGAGUGUCCGAAGAAAGUGAAUCCAACGAUACGGAUUUGUCGGACUAUUCAUAUAGCAAGGCUUUACCAUCCAAGAAGGUUGAUCUGCAGACAACUCCUCGGUAUAAUCCCAGGCCAUCCAGGGCAGCACAAGGCGUUAAGCUACUGGUGGAUCCAAUUGCUGUGCCACCUGUACCUUUACCGCUACCGCCAAGUAAAAAAGAUAAAAAUAAAUCAAAAUCAUCGAAGACUAAGAGUAAAAAGUCCAAAGUUGGACGGAAACCGAAAGUUUAUCAAACAACCAAGAAGGUCGAUGAAAGUGACUUGGAAGAAGAGAUCGAAAAUACAACGGCAUUCGAAGAAAUUCAAGAGGACAAGCAAGAACAGGAAAACGUACCACAGGAAGAAGAAGCCGACGAAGGAAAGGAGGAAGAGUUGGAAUGCAAACUGUUUACUAUUCAAGAUGGAAUGGUCCCAGAUGAGAAAGACUUCCUGCAACGAGUCGAGCAAUAUCUGGAUGAGAAAGCUUUGGCGUAUGCCAACAGUCAAGCAACGGCGCUUAAAGACGUCAAACUCUACACCAUUUACACGCGAGUGCUCAAUGCAGGUGGUUAUAGCGAGGUGAAAUCUAAGGAUCAAUGGAAUCGACUGCUGGAAGGUACGGGCGGUGAAAAUGGAGUUAUGUCUCGAAAGAAGUACGAGCGAAUACUGUUCCCAUAUGAAAAGAAUCAGCAAGAGAUUGCCGAAGCAGUUAAGAAAGAAAUUGAUGAACAAGAGGAAAUAUCGCAUGAAAGUCAAAUCUCUCCUACGCCACGUGAGACAAACUUGAAGGACACCAUGGUAGAAGUCAAAAUUGAAAAACAGGAACCUGUCGAUGAAAAAGAGGUACCUAUUAAGGAAGAAUGCAAGGAAAAUAAGGAGAAUCAGGAAUCUACUGCUGACGUGUUGGAAGAAGUCGCUGUGAAAAAAGAAGUGGAGGACACCAAACCGUGUGAACCGUUAAAAGACGAGUCCGUGGAAGUACAAAGUAAAUUAAGAGCGAAGGCAUUAUCGCCUCUAUUGGAGAACAACAACAGUAACAGUAGUCCUGUGACAGGCAGUCCCAAUGGGGUACAUUUAGGCAUGUCUCCGGUAUCGGUUCCAUUAACAGUAAUCGUUCGUCCCAACAUCGAUGAAAAGGAUCAACAAUCGUCUCAGAUACAGAUCAAUCAGCCGCAUACGACCAUUACGGUGCACCAGACUACCAUUCAUCCGCAGAACAACCAGCAACCAAAUAGUCAGCAAAUUAGUGGACAAAGUCCUCAGCAUAUAACGAAUCAAAUUCAAAUCACCAAUCAGAUACAAAUACAACAAAUUACCGUGCAAUCGAGUGAUAAAAACUCCAACGGUGGUCAAAAUGACGCUUCGCAGUUUAAGUAUAGCUUUAAGCAAGAUAAAUCUGGUCAAGAAAUUAAUAUCGAGUCUCCGUCUGCGGACAACUCUAAGGGUGCUAACUUCGAGAACAACAUUAGUGCAACAUUAUUCCCUGUUAACACGGAUCCCGAUCUGACCAUCAAAGAGGUAUCAGUUUGUCCCACUAGUGGUACGGUGUCAAUCAGUACUGCUACUACAAACGUUCCGGCCGGUACUAAUGCACCAUCAAAAACGUCAUCUCUACGGAAUGUGCGCAUGAAAGCUGAUAGGAAAUUAUCCGGCAGUACGUCCAAUCUUGCAACGGGGGCCAUUGCAAAGCCAUUCGAGAAGGAGAACAUUUCCUUGCUCGGUGCAGCAGGUGGGCUUUUCAGCAGAGAAAGUCUCACUACGAUAACUCCAAUUGCAUCCAGUUUGUUAGGCAAUCCAGCCGGAGCAGCUAUGUUAGCUGGAUUGGCCUCUGGUUUAAGUGGCAGCCCUAUUGGAUCAACAGUAUCUGUAGAAAGUGGUAUGCCUAAACCUAAUAUCCCAAGUCCCACAGAAGUAAUUGAUCUCGUCGAUAGUGAUAAUGAGAGUGAAUCGUCAACUCCCACUAAAAGCACUACUAGCAAUACCAAUGCAACUAAACAGGCAGGACUUUCGGUUCGACCUAUCCCUUCGCUACUUCCUCCAAUGAAAAAGCGCAAAUUAGACAUUUUACGAGAGGGUGGUCUUGAAGUUACACCCAUUUCGAAUGGCAAAAGCAUUUUCUCAGCCAUUACGCAAAACAGCCCCAAAGCCAGCUCCAAUCCUGUGCGAAUAAAUAUCACUGCCGAAUUAAGCCCACAGCGAGGUAAGGCUCCUGAUGAAUUCCGGUCACGGGAUAGGAAUUACAUACCUACACCGAUUGAAUGUCAAACCCAGGGAUGUAUGCAAAAACUGGGCAAAUUUUUGGAAAUCCCAAGGACAUUCCUAAUGUUCCCACGGCUCCAACGAGGGAAAUUUCCAUCUCAGCGCCAACUGAUUUGUUAGAUCUUACUGGGUCAGGAAACAAACAAUCUGCUCCCGAAAAUCUAGCCGCUAAGUGUUCAGCUGGUCUGGACUUUACGGCAACGUCGUCAAGACAGCGAACGAUUUCUGGUUCCAGUACAGGGCGUGCUCCACGAUCGGCACCUAGUUUGCAAAUUACACUCGUACAUGGACCCAAUCAAAUGCCGUUGCAAAUUCCUCAACCAUCUGUAACCAGUCCACAGCAACAAAAUCCUCUGGGUCUAAAGAAAAAGCCUUACGAACUUGUGCCAUUCCCAAACACUGCCGGUACACCCCCUACGGUUAUACCGAAAGUACCAAGCCCUAAAAUUUCACUGGGACCAUCAUCCUCCGGUUCGUCUACAUCCAGUUCAAAUGGACAAGGAUCGAAUGCGAACUCGCUGCUUGAAACCGGCCUUCUGUUGGCAAACUUGCAAAAGGCAAAUCCGUUACUAGUUGCCAGUAUUCUCUCCUCAUCAGGACUUUCAAAAACAUCGAUUCCUGGUUUGACUCAGUUGCUCGGUACUCUUACUGAGCAGCCGCCAGUUGCUCCGAAGAAAACGCCUCGUCGAAGAUCCAAUUCUCAAGCUCAGCAACAAUCUCAACAGCAGCCACCGUCCUUGCAGCAAAUGACUCCACCACAAAUUCCUCAGCAUCUUCAACCGACACAAAAAAUUACAUCAUCACCCCAACAUCCACCACCCGCUGAUUCUCCGUUGUCCCAUCCGCUUAGCCAACAGAUCAAACUUCUGCAGCAAGUUCAGAUGCAGCAGCAACAAAAGCAAUUUCUUGAGCAACAACAGAAAGCGGCCCUCGAGCAGCAGCAAAAGGCUGCCCUUGAGCAACAGCAAAAGGCCGCUCUCGAACAGCAGCAAAAGGCCGCCAUGGAGCAGAAACGCAUUCAGGAACAGAAGCAGAAACAACUACAAAUGCUUCAACAGCUUCAAGCACAGCAACAAGCGCAAGCGACAGCAGCAGCGCUAUCGUCAGCAGCAUCUUCAUCUUCUGCAACCAAACAGAACACCCGUGGGUCAUCGAAUCCCGCGGCGUCACCUGCACAAACAUCGGGACCAUUGGGCGGAGGCUUCCCAUUCGAUCCGCUUUAUCUUUCAGCCAUCUACUCGAAUCCAAGCCUCUACCUGCAGGCUUUGAACCCAGAGCAGUUGCUACAGUUCUACAAAAACCUUCCCAAUGUGUCGGGCAUUCCACCAAACAAUAAGAGCUAGCUGCGCUAAGCACAAUACUUUUUGUUUUUGAGUAUAAUGUAUCUAAUGAUAUACGUAUCGCAUGUACCUAUAUGCAUAAAAAAGCUUGCGGUGUGUCAAGAUCUAGAUUGAAGCAUGAAACGGAGGGUCGUGUUUAGCCUAUAUGAAAAAGUAGAACAAAUUAUGAUUUUAUGUACUGUUAGUGUGUAAGUUCGAUGAUAACUGUACAUUUUUUUGUUUGUUGGAUUAGGGACUAAUUAGAGUAGAAAUUUGUUUUUCUUUCGUUUUCAUCCUACACGGAUGAGACUGAAUUGUUUUUUUUUUCUUAUGAGUAUGGUUAGCUAAUUUAGUACACCCUAGAUAACAAGAACAUCUGUAUGUAUGGAUAUUGGAUGCAAAUGAAUUGAUUCCGCUAUUGAUGUUUUGUAACAAUCGAAAUGA